GAAUUUCUCAUUUUAUGUUUUCCUCCUUAAUUUUCUUGCAAAUUUGUGAUCCGAAUUGGUUUUUUCAGAGGAAAAUGGUAAUUUAAUUUGUAAUAAAGACCAUAUUUUUCUCUUUAAUUUUUCUUGGUUUUAGGGUUUCGAAAUUUGAAGAUGGCCGGGGUGGAAGUUGAGAAUGGAAGAGAUGACAUGGUUAUCGAUGGAUGUGAGAACGGACAACAACCAAAACCGAUGCAGAAUAUUGUGGCCUUUGAUGGGGUCAACGUGAACUAUCUCAAACUUUAUUACGGAAAGUUCUUCCCACAUGCUGAUAUGUUUAAAUGGAUGUCAUAUGGGAACGAUGGGAAGCAUCCUGGAUGUGACCACUCAUACUUUGGCCGCCGAGAAUUCUCUUUCACUUUGGAUAAUGACAUAUAUUUGCGGUUUCAGUCUUUUAGUGGUUUGUCUGAGUUCGAGAAUGCUAUUAGAGAAAAAUGUCCUUUUAAAAUCGACAUCGGUCCUGUUUAUAACGUGGAUCCAGCAAAGAGGCAUGCAUAUGCACAAUCGGGAGAUAAUGUUUUUACACCAGCUGAGAGGGAGCUGGUUUUUGACAUAGACAUUUCAGAUUAUGAUGAUGUCAGAUAUUGCUGCUCCGGGGCAGAUGUAUGCUUAGAGUGCUGGCCAUUAAUGACGGUAGCUAUUAAAGUGAUUGACUCUGCCCUCAGAGAUGACUUUGGAUUUAAUCACAUUCUCUGGGUAUAUAGUGGUCGACGUGGUGUGCAUUGCUGGGUUUGUGAUGGUAAAGCGCGAAGGUUGAACAAUGAACAGAGGUCAGCAAUUGCAGAUUACUUUCGUGUCUAUAAGGGAAAUGAGAAUAGCCAUAAAAAAGUCUCUCUAACGGGUCAAGCACUGCAUCCCUUUCUUGUGAGAGCUUAUAAUGACGUACUGAAAACUGCUUUUGAAGAGAAACUCCUACUUAGUCAGAAUUUAUUAUCACAUGAGGAAAGAUAUGAGACGAUUCUCAGAAUGAUUCCGGAUGAAUCUCUUACUUCUGAACUUCGGGCAAAGUGGGGAGAUAAUCGGCGCUCAAAAGAUAUCAAUACCGUUCGGUGGCAGCAAUUGAAGCAACUACUGCAAUCUGGGAGACAAAAGUUUCAAGGGCUUCGUAGGUGCGUUGAAGAGAUUGUAUUCUCAUUUACAUAUCCUAGGAUUGAUAUGGAGGUAUCGAGACACAUGAACCAUUUGCUAAAAGCUCCCUUCUGUAUACAUCCAAAAACAGGUCGUGUUUGUGUUCCUAUUGAUCCAAAAAACUGUGAGGAGUUUGAUCCUCUUGCUGUACCAACCCUUUCGAAGCUUUUGGAAGAACUUAAUGUGGAAAGUCCACAAAGCAGAGGGCACAAUGAUUGGGAUCGAACAUCAUUGGGAGAUUCUGUCAGAUUUUUUCAGUCAUCAUUUCUGCAGCCCCUCCUGAAAUCGUGCAAGGAGGAGAUAGAAAGUUCAUAUGGUGCUAAACUUCAAGAAUCAAAGAACUCAAUGAGUUGGUAGUUAGCUGUGUCCAUCAAACAUCUUGUAGCAUAUUCGACUCCUGUAUUUCUUUCACCUUUUUAUCCAUCUUUGAGCUAGGAUUGGCUGUCAUUAUUAGUUGUUAUGUGUAAUAUCACUUGUCACGCUUGUCAUUAGCCUAAAAUAGCCCAGAUCAUAUGCUUUUGUCCAUUAUGUCCUGACAUAAGCUUAUCAAGUAUGUGUAUCCCUCCUAAUCACGAAUGUAUGGUUUUUUCCAUCCACCUCUUUUGCGUUAAAGAGAGAAACAACUGUUCAUCC